AUGGCAGAGUCUGUGGUGGCUGGGUGGACUAGGUCCGAUAGCGAGGGUGCCGAGACAGUAAGUAGUAGUAGUAGUAGCAGUAGUAGUAGUAAUAGUAGAGACAGUAGUAGCAGUAGUGGUAGAGGUAGUAGUAACAGUAGUAGUAGAGACAGUAGUAGCAGUAGUAGUAGUAGUAGUAGUAAUAGUAGAGACAGUAGUAGCAGUAGUGGUAGAGGUAGUAGUAACAGUAGUACUAAGGACAGUAGUAGUGCAGACACAAUAGCACAGACAGUAAGUAGUAGUAGUAGUAGCAGUAGUAGUAGUAAUAGUAGAGACAGUAGUAGCAGUAGUGGUAGAGGUAGUAGUAACAGUAGUAGUAGAGACAGUAGUAGCAGUAGUAGUAGUAGUAGUAGUAAUAGUAGAGACAGUAGUAGCAGUAGUGGUAGAGGUAGUAGUAACAGUAGUACUAAGGACAGUAGUAGUGCAGACAACAGUAGUAGCAGUAGUAGUAAUAGCAGUAGAGACAGUAGUAGCAGUAGUGGUAGAGGUAGUGGUAACAGUAGUGCCAGAAACAGUAGUAGCAGUAGUAAUAGUAGUAAUGGUAGAGACAGUAGUAGCAGUAGCGGUAGAGGUAGUAGUAACAGUAGUAGUAGAGACAGUCGUAGCAGUAGUAGUAGAGUCAGUACUAGUAGAAAUAGUAAUUAG